AGAAUAGGCCUAGUGAAUACGGUAUCCGCUGAUAGAGAAAAAGAGGAGGAUUUUCUCUUGCUCAUACCGCAUACGAGCUUGUACGUGGUUCAGGCACGUGAGUCAGCGGCGGCGUCUCAGGACACCACAUUCAAGCAUUGAUUAAUAGCGGAUGACGUUGGGCCGGCAUGUCGCAGCGCUGCUAGCAUUCACGACCGCAACUGCUCCGAAAAGGCGCCAGCUGAAGCCACUGGCGCGGGUGCAACCGCCGGGGAAGAAGCGGCCGGAUGCCCAGCACCUAUCCAGGGCCGUUCAUGCAGCCAAGAGUUGCGCCGAGGCUGCCCGGCUCUGCGCGCAGCGUAGCAAUGCGACGGAAGCGGACUACGGCGUCGAUAAUCUCUGUGUGCGAAUCAAGGAUGCGUGCUCUGGCGCACCGCUGCCACCCGCGAUCGCGGAAGCGCACUUCGCCGGCGAGGACGCGACGCGCAGCGAGAAUCAGACGGGAUAUCCAUGGUGCUGCGUUCGCUAUGUGCACGUGGGCAAGGCAGGCGGAUCUUCCUUUGAUACCUGGAUUCGAAUGCCGGCGAAGCGGCCGCCGGGGGGACCUGCGGCGUCAAAUGGCGUCGAUGUGGUGACUUUCCACCACCCAGUCUCGUUCUUUAUCGAGCAGCAGAUGCUCAAGCCGGCUUGCAUCAUGGGCAUAACGCUCCGGGACCCUGUGUCGCUCUUCUGGUCCCAGUUUGCCUGGUGCGUUGGCCAUCACUGUCCUAGGCACUAUAAGAUAGGCUGCGGCUUCAUCGCGUGCGUAAAAGACUCGCCGGUGGACCGCGCAUAUGAGGCUGCGAAGAAUCCCGCAGAUUGGGACCGCGUGGUCGACAUGCUGCUCGAGAACCCGCGCGACUGGCACGCGGGCCGGAACCCUCAGACGCGGCACCUGGGCCAGACCGUAGAGCUUUCAAAUUUCAAGGGUGGGUUGGGGUACGACUACUCCGUGGAUCUGAACAUGGAGUCUUCCGAGGCGCACGAGUGGCUCUCGCGGGCAAAGGCACGGCUCGAGCUCUUCGAUUUUGUCAUUUCGCUUGAGACCAUAGACCAAAGUUACAUGAAGCAGCUUGGAUCACACGCGCCCCACUCGAAUUCUCGUAGCGAGCAUCACAUAAAUCCCAAACCGCUCAAUGACUCCUUCCGCACGCGUGUCCUGGAGCUUAACCAGGUCGACAGCGAGCUAUAUGCCUUCGGGAGGGACAUCGAGAAGAAGUUGAACGCGCGCGGCCACCUUGCGCAGUACGCGGCCCUUGGAAGCUACUACUUCAAGUACUCCAGGUCCCAGCGCGCCCCCCCCGUCGACAUUGCCAAGAGAGAUUACUCAAAGACUUCUGGACAUUGGAAGUGCCUGAAGAUGAAUAGGACCACGUCAGAGCACCCGCUCGUGCAGUACGCCAACUACUACACUCCAUCGCCGAACACGACAUCCCAGGCUAACUUCCUCCACUAAGGUACGUCAAACGGAGACGGCGUAAUUUGUUAUAAACAAAC